AUGGGUCUCGGAGAAGAUAUCAAAGAGUUCGGAGAGGGUGAAAUGCAACAGCAGGGUGGAAAUAACGGGAAUGAUAACAGCAACAACUCCAGUGGUGGCAUUAGCGAUAGCACCAAAGACACCAUGGCAGAUUCCGCCGUCGACUCAUUUGCGAGUAAGGAGGGAGUGCCUUCCCAAUUGGACUCUGGAAUCAACAACGUUGUCAAUGAUGAGGUCAACGAGUUCUAG